GGCGAUCGCCUGUAUUACCGUAUGAGCAUACGGCGCGGUGGGCGCGCGGCCUUCCCAACGAACACUCUCUUUCUUCUUGUGUUUGCGAGACCGUGGCAUCCAUGUUGUAUAGGGUUUGGAUGUGUCAUUCUCGCGUGGACGCGCGAGGCUCUAGGGCUUUAGGAAAGGAGCAACGCAAUAGCAGCGCAGUGCACGGGCGUUGAGGCGCUGGUGUGGAUUAUCGGCGCCUCCCAGCAUUGCGCGCCUUUGUCUCCUCGGGAAAAGCUCCAUCGGGCAUAGAUUCUUGUGACAGAUCACGAUCUCCAGCGCUUGUUCCUCCAGUGAUGCAGCUAUAGGUGGUCUCCAAGCAUGGGAUCUGGGGACGCAGCCACGCCGACUAAGACUCCAAAGACAUCCACAGCGCAGGAUCAGCCAUCUCCUCCCGCAACUUACCCCGAGUGGGCAGCGGCUUUUCAGGCUUAUUACAAUAGUGGAACGCCCCCUCCUGGCUAUCAGCCGCAUCCAUAUAUGUGGGGAGCUCAGCCGAUGAUGCCUCCUUACGGGACCCCACCUCCAUAUGGAACCAUGUAUCCGCCCUACGGCAUGCCGCCGGGGCCACAUCCUUAUGGCCAGUAUGGAAUGCCAGCACCGGGAAACGCCACUGAAGUAUGCCUCUUUCGCAUAUCUGUUCUUUGGAAUCUGAUUGUGUGCUUUCAGGGAGCUACAACAGAUACUGAUGGCAAAUCUUCCGACGGCAAGGAGCGAAGUCCCAUGAAAAAGUCGAAGAAUAGUAGCUUAGGUAAUCUCGGAACGCUGAAUAAAGGAGGAGCAGAAGCUGCUGCUAAGACCGCUGCUCCCAACGGUGUAGUGUCACAAAGUGGCGAAAGUGGAAGUGAAGGAUCCAGUGAUGGCAGUGACGAAGAUGGCGACAAGAGGAACUCGGAACAGAUGAAUGCCGAAGGAUCGGCCCCUAGUGCUGGGCAGCCCGGAUACUCUGGACAAGUCGGGAGUGCUUUCGUGUCCCCGGGUGUUCCUUCAAAUCCUGCCGGGGGGAAGGCCAGCGUAGGCACUAGUCUUAACAUGGGGAUGGAUUACUGGGGCUCAACACCCACCGGGAACCAGUCGUCUGGGAAAGGAAAGCGUGGUUCCCAGUCAAUGGUGCCCUUGCCAAGUGGUCAAAUGUUACCGCACGGAAGGGAAGGGGUUCCUCCCGAGCUGUGGCUGCAGGAUGAACGCGAGCUUAAGCGGCAACGAAGGAAGCAAUCAAACAGAGAAUCAGCGAGGCGCUCACGAUUGCGAAAGCAGGCCGAGUGUGAGGAGCUAGCGCAAAGGGUCGAGAGUCUAACCAUGGAAAACAUGAGCUUGCGGCAGGAGCUGGAGCAAGCCAUGGAGGAGCGGAACAAACUAGCGGCUGAGAAUGCAGCUCUUCUCGAGCAACUCCAAAAGGGUGGAGGAGGCAGCCGCGCUAGUCAAAGUCAGGACGUAGGAAACAGCGACGCAGGAAAUCACAUACAGGGCGAUGAAAACGGCAAUACAGAUGCGAAUACGCCGCAUGAAAGGAAUGGAAGGGUGGAAGGCGAGAACUGCGAGACAAUAGGAAAGGCUGCGAUUGAGGCGGCUAGCCGGGGCGAGGCUGUCGCGGCUGCUGGUUAGAUUUGUUGGGGCGGCGGACCUUCGAAGAUCAGAUUCGGACAUCCAAGUGACCGUCUCGGUUAGUAGGAAUUAAUACACAGGUGAGCAGAGGUGAUUUCUAGUCCAAGAGAAGGUUGUUUGAAACUUAGCGUGAUUGACAAAUGAGUGCCCUCCACCGAUUUGCGAGGGGACAUGUAAGUGUUAACCUCGAAGAGAAAGGUAUUUGGUAUUGCCAAGCAA